UGAACGCGCGAUAUAGCUGGAUGUACUCUCACACAGCCAGGGGUAGGUGUACUGAGGUUACAUGCGAGUUGUUGCCAAGCUUACCUUUCACCGUCACGACCGAGAGCUGUCUGGAUAAGAUACAGGGGGGUCGUGUGGUCCGUAUCUGUGACAUUAAAUCAAUAGCAAGAUGUUCGAGAUUGUGCGCUCGUUAACGUCCGCAUCGUUAGCCUGAAGUUUGUUAUUCAAGAGUACAUGUCUGAAAUGUCUUCAUUUAGAUGAAGGGCUUUCGGUGUGUCCUAGCUAGAGGACUUCAAUACCGCGGUGUUCCCAGGUAACAAGAGGUACAAUAAUAAUAAUAAGAACAACAAGAGUAACGUUUGUGCGCGCGCACUACAGUACGCGUGCACGUGCAUUACUAUUAUGAAUCCUUGUUACUAAGCACGUCGCCGUUUGAGACGGUCUCGCGAUCGACUUUAGAUCGUUUGUUAGACGGAAGAAGUCCCGUAGAAGUUUUGUUCUGUAGAUAAGUCGCUUGCGCAUGCAUCCAUAGCUUGAUCAAGGACGGGACUGAGAACGUAGUGAGACUAGUCGAGAUACGUAGUGCAUCUUACACCUUAUAUAUAGAUAUUAGAUAUAUAUAUUAAACAUGGCCAAACCCGAGCCGAAGAAGUGCAGCACUUUGACCUUUGGUGGCAAACCUGUGGCGGAGGAGCAGGUCACUAACGGCCCGGACGAGUCGCCGGUAACCGGAGCCGCGCACGAGCUGGGGGUCAGAGUCAGACCUGGCAAACUGAGCACCGAGAGCGAAGUGUUUGACGACGGAACGAACACUUUCUUCUGGAGAGCGCACACCCUUACUGUGUUAUUCAUCCUGACAUGUGCUUUGGUUUACGUGACACUGCUGGAGGAGACUCCACAAGAUACAGCCUACAACACCAAGAGAGGGAUUGUGGCUAGCAUCCUGGUCUUCCUGUGUUUCGGAGUAACUCAGGCGAAAGAUGGCCCUUUCUCACGUCCACAUCCAGCAUACUGGCGCUUCUGGCUCUGUGUCAGCGUUGUCUAUGAGCUGUUCCUCAUCUUCAUUCUUUUCCAAACGGUGCAGGACGGAAGGCUGUUUAUGAAGUACAUCGACCCGAAGUUGGGUGUUCCUCUUCCAGAGAGAGACUACGGAGGAAAUUGUCUUAUCUAUGAUCCAGGAAACACAGCUGACCCGUUCCACAACAUCUGGGACAAAAUGGAUGGCUUUGUUCCUGCCCAUUUUCUUGGUUGGUACAUUAAGACGCUGAUGAUCCGUGACUGGUGGAUGUGUAUGAUAAUCAGUGUGAUGUUCGAGUUUUUGGAGUACAGUCUGGAGCACCAGUUACCAAACUUCUCAGAGUGCUGGUGGGACCAUUGGAUUAUGGACGUGCUUUUGUGUAACGGUUUGGGCAUAUACUGCGGCAUGAAGGCGCUCAGCUGGCUUUCGAUGAAGCCGUACCAGUGGCAAGGCCUGUGGAACAUCCCAACAUACAAGGGGAAGAUAAAGCGCAUUGCCUUCCAGUUCACUCCGUACAGCUGGGUGAAGUUCGAGUGGAGACCAGCGUCGAACCUGCGCCGGUGGCUGGCGGUGCUCGGCAUCAUCUUCAUGUUCCUGCUGGCGGAGCUGAACACCUUCUAUUUGAAGUUUGUGUUGUGGAUGCCUCCUGAGCAUUACCUGGUGCUGCUGAGACUCGUGUUCUUUGUUAACGUGGGCGGAGUGGCCAUGAGGGAAAUCUACGACUUCAUGGACGACCCGAAAUUCCAUAAGAAGCUGGGUCAGCAGGCGUGGAUUGUGGCAGCAAUCACAGUAACAGAGUUUCUCAUCGUAGUGAAGUACGACCCCCACACUAUCAUGCUACCAAUCCCUUUCUUCAUCGCGCAGUGCUGGAUUCUUGGCAUUGUCCUCAUCCUCACGUGGACGCUAUGGCGCUUCUUUAUCCGUGACAUCACACUCCGUUAUAAAGAGACACGACGGCGUAAGCAGGAGGGCUCGGCCGAGCGGGAGAAGCCCCCAGGCAAUGGCAGCAAGACCCCUAUAACAUCCGGGCGAAGCAAACUGAACGGAAACACGGAUCCGUUACGACAUCGCAAGCCUUGAGGGAGACACGGUGGAAUGCUCGCUGCACAGCUGUUGCACCCGUGUUAAGCGUGGUGUAAGAUUUACACUGUGUAUGUAUGUCUGCCUGUCUUCCCCUGACUGAUGAACCAUUCCAGCACACACUAUAGCACACACUGUUCAAACACACUAUACCCUAACCCUAACCCUAGAGCAACAGUGACAUCAUCUCUCAUGAUCAGGAGGCUCAUUAUGGUUUUUUAUUUUUUUUGACUUUUUUUUUUUUAGUUUUUGCGUGUUUUUUUUUUGUUAAGCUGUAAGAUACUGAGCAUGACAUACAUUUGAGAGGUGCGUGUGUGUGCGUGCGUGUGUUUGCGAGAAGUGCAAGGACAUGUAUGGAAAAGAUGCUCCGUUCUUCCAGAUGCCUUAUAUGCUCUAACAGAAUAGUUUGUACCUUUCCUAGCCUCUGGAAUGGUAACCUCAAGGGUAUAACCUGUGUACUCUUUAAUGUAAACCAUUAACCGGGAAAGGUGUGUGUUUAAAGUUACCUUUAAAUUAUUAUCUUUGCUCCUUAUUUUUGUGCUUUAAAUUUUAAAGGUAAAAAGCUACCUACUACAAAAACAAAGAUAUGUACUCUAGUUACAGGGGAAGGUACAGUUUACCUUUGUGUGGUUGUUUAUUAUUAUUAUUAUUACUACUUCUUUUUAUUUUAUUUUUAUUUUUUUUGUGUCGAUUUUUACUGCAUGGACCAUUGACACGUGCUUGUAAACGUGCGCUCCAGUUCUGGAGGGGUGGCUUGUUCCUUGUGAAUUGAGUUCUUUUUGCUGCUAUGCAAUAAGACACAUGUUGGCUCUCGUUGGUUUAUUGUUUGUUAGGUAUUGGCUUUAACUUUAAAGAUCCUGGAGUAAUGCUGUUACACAGUGCUACACUUGCUGGAACACACACACACACACACACACACACACAGCUUUGUUUUUCCUCUUUUAAACAGGGACAGAACGUACUCUCAGGAGACCUGUUAUUCAUUAUUACUCUUAUUACAUUAUGUUUCUCAGGUAAUUUCCCUUCGGAUUAACAGCCAGAGUGAUGAGGAUGAGCAUGAAUUUUGCUGAAACAAUCGUUCUGUCAGACUUAUUGGACUAAUUAUUUUUUUUUUUAUUAUUAUUAUUUAUUUAUUUUUUAAAUAUAACAAUACCUGGUCAACCAAUCUGCUUCAUGAUCCUUGCUGCUUUAGCCACAGAACAAAUUUCGCUAGUCUGCUCUGCGGAAAUCUCAACGUUCCGUCUCGUCCGCCUACUUUAAGCCAGUGAGGUUCAUCGCACGUUUAGUCAAACGUCGUCUUGCGGCCGUGUUCAGUGUGAUGAUUUUUAAUUGUAUAAGUGGAUAUUACAUCGAUGUAGUGAAAGGUGUGUUUGUUAGUUUAUAUCUGUACUAAUAUUCAGCACUAUAGAACGGAUGGAACUGUCCCAUGUAACGUAGAACAUGCUGCUACUAUUAUAUUAUUAUUAUUAUUAUUAUUAUUAUUAAUGUAUACUUUACAUUUUUCUUUACAUGUAAUAGGAUAGGUUUAAUUUUCUUCCUUUGUGUAAUUUAGGUUUAAAAUGAUUUCCUAUUUCUAGAAAUCUUUUUGUAGGCAUAUUUCCUUAUUUUUAUUUAAAAACAUUUUAUUAUUAAACCCCAUUUUCCUUCUUGUUUGCUUUACUUACAUUCUGGAAUCAUCAGCGUGCCUCACUGCGUCAGAACGAGGUGGAACUCAGACUGGGAAGCACGUCACCAUCCAUUUAAGAGCCUUCGCUAGCACGUCAGUUUUACUCUACACAGACGUUUGUUCCCUUAUAUAAGACGCGUCUGUUGGAUAACACACUGGACAAUUGAGACAAAUUUAUCAUGGGUCGAAAUCAUAAUUCUACAAUACGUGACAUACCACGAUAUAUAGAUUUAUUAACAAUUUCCUAGCAGAACAGUAAAGUUGUUUUUUUCUAGGACGAUACCAUUUAAUUUUAUUUUAAAAAAUGAAAACAUUGAAAGAUGUACAUAAAUAUGUUUAGAAUAUUAAACUUUGCGGCAGUUUCUCAUAAUCGUUGUUUGAUAUCAUUUCGUCCAGCCAUACGUUACUCUUUCAGUGAUCUUUCACAUGCACGGUUCACUUAGAAUGACCCUCUCUGCAGCAUGAGGGAUCAAGUAGACUUGAUCUGAUCUGAUGUGAUUUCUUUUACAACAGUUUAGAAAUAUUUAUUAGUCUCAGCAAUAAAAAGCUAACUCGUACUGUUUAACCCGGCAAGCCUGAAUAGAUCGUUACAAAGCUCUUGCUAAUUUAGUACAAGUUGUGUCCCAAAAUUGUGAAACGUAGCCGUCACGUGAUCGUGUGUUGAAAACGUCUCGUUCACUGUAAAUUUAUUGUGCAAAUCACCAAGGGAAUGACUUCAUGUGUCAUUCCCAAUGUUUGUUUAUCAUCCAGGGCAAUGAGGCUAUUCCUCUUUAAUCAUAACAUUUACUGAUACAGGACACGUCUCUAGCUUUAGAUGCAGAUUUAGUGGUGCGGAACGGUAGAUGUUUUAUUUAUUUUUUAAAAGAAACAGGUCUGCCUACAAUGAAUAAAACAAUAAUAAAAAGGACCACUUUUUAUUUUUUUUUUCUCCAAAGCCUUGAAUUGUCGCUCUGUCCCAACUCGAUGAAACAUGAUUUCUGCAUGAUGGAUGGUAUUAUUAUAGACCAAUAGUUUGUGUAUGUGUGUGUUUCUGGCUGUGGUGUUUCUUCAGGGCAAUAAGCCUCUCGACUCUUCUACAAUGAGGUGUGAGAGAAUGUUACGAACAUUAUACUGACUGUUUUAUAAAAAUGUAAAUAAAAAUCUGUUUGUCUUUUGA